CACGCUCGGCUUUGUCUCUCUUUCACAUGAAAAUCUCGUAAGCCUGCCUCUUCCUCCCUUCCCUUCCCCAUCUUCCAGCUUCCUCAUCUGACAUUCCUCCGCCCUCCACCUCGUCUCGUGCUCGUGACAGUGACCUCUUCUCCCUCUCUUUCAUAACCACCACCUCCUCCGCCUCCUCCUCCACCUCCUCUCUGGCAUUGUCACCCUCCCACCGACUAAUCAUCCAUCACCAUGUCCCAGUCAUUCUCCACCGCCGAUGUGGCCAAGCACAACAAGCCCGACGACCUCUACAUCGUCGUCGACGAGGAUGUCUACGACCUGACCAAGUUCGCCGACGAGCAUCCCGGCGGCAAGAAGAUCCUCCAAAGAGUGGCCGGCAAGGAUGCUAGCAAGCAGUUCUGGAAGUACCACAACGAAUCGAUACUGAAGAAAUACCAACCCAAGUUGAUGGUCGGCUCUCUCGACUCCAAGCCAAAGCCCGCCGCAAAGCAAGCGCCAACCCCUCCUCCCUCUCCGCCUGCACAGAAGAAAGAGGUGGUAGUCCCACAGGCAGAGUCUGGCACAGUCGCACCCGUCCCCGGUCCAGGUGCUGCAGAAGAGGCCGAGGCUCUCGACUCAUUUGGCGACCUGGUUCCGUACGCCGACCCCAGCUGGUACCAGACUUACCACUCUCCAUACUUCAACCAGACACACGCCGACUUGCGAGCCGAGAUCCGACAAUGGGUGGAAGACGAGAUUAUGCCGAACGUGACCGAGUGGGACGAGGCGAAGAAGGUACCAGACUCAAUCUACAAGCAAAUGGGCGAGCGAGGCUAUCUCGCAGGAACACUCGGCUUGCAUACAUUCCCCACACAUCUCACCAAGUACACUGUGAAGUCAGUCGCACCCGAGAAGUGGGACUUGUUCCACGAGAUGCUGCUCACAGAUGAGCUGUCACGAACGGGAUCUGGUGGUUUUGUCUGGAACGUGCUGGGUGGAUUCGGUAUUGGAUGUCCUCCUGUGGUAAAGGCUGGCAAGAAGGAGCUUGUGGAGAGGAUUCUCCCCGGUAUUCUUGCUGGUGACAAGCGUAUCUGUCUUGCCAUCACUGAGCCAGAUGCUGGGUCUGAUGUUGCCAACUUGACUUGCGAGGCGAAGCUGAGCGAGGAUGGCAAGCACUACAUUGUGAAUGGCGAGAAGAAGUGGAUCACAAACGGCAUCUGGUGUGAUUACUUUACGACCGCCGUCCGCACAGGAGGUGAAGGCAUGAACGGAGUCUCCGUCCUCCUCAUCGAGCGCGAAUUCGAGGGUGUGUCAACUCGACGCAUGGACUGUCAAGGAGUCUGGAGCUCUGGAACCACCUACAUCACAUUCGAGGACGUCAAAGUUCCCGUUGAGAACCUAAUUGGCAAGGAGAACCAAGGCUUCAAGGUCAUCAUGACCAACUUCAACCACGAGCGUAUCGGCAUUAUCAUCCAGUGCAUCCGCUUCAGUCGAGUCUGCUACGAGGAGAGCAUGAAGUACGCACACAAGCGAAAGACGUUUGGCAAGAAACUUAUCGACCACCCCGUCAUUCGCCUGAAGCUGGCACACAUGGCGAGACAAAUUGAGGCUUCCGCCGCCUGGAUGGACUCGCUCAUCUUCCAGUGCCAGAAAAUGAACGAAACCGAAGCCAUGCUGAAGCUCGGUGGUGCCAUUGCCGGUCUCAAGGCACAAGCCACCGUCACCUUUGAGUUCUGUGCGCGCGAGGCGUCUCAGAUCUUUGGUGGACUGUCUUACAGCAGAGGCGGCCAAGGCGCAAAGGUGGAGAGAUUGUACCGUGACGUUCGUGCCUAUGCGAUUCCGGGUGGUAGUGAGGAGAUUAUGCUGGAUCUGAGCAUUCGACAGGCUUUGCGUGUCCACCAGGUCUUGGGCAUGAAGCUAUGAGUGAUCUAAGACGGAGGGCAAGACUCGAUUGUAUUUUUGGAAAAUGGAACGUGAUUCAGCACAGCUUGGGAGCUGCAGUACCUUUUUGACCUAGAUUAGUAUUGUGAUGAUGGCAUUGGGAAUACCUUUGCUGUAAAAAGGGCAAGAAUAUAGUAUUAUUCAUGACGCUUCAGUGCAAAU